AUCGGCCACGGCGAAUGGAAAUAUAAUCGACAAUAUGGCCACUCCAUCCCGCCCCCGGUGAAGAUGACUGAGCAAAGCAAUGUGACACAGGUUUCCGACUGCGAUUGCGACUGCGACUUCGGGUUCUUGUGUCCCCACCUAGAACCUCUCUCGCCCAUUCUCUUCCGCACCUCCUCUUCUUGAGAAUCUAACGAUCGAAUUCAACGGAGACAAAGACGACUCGCGCAGCUCCGCUCGUCCGUGCAAUCGCAGCAACGUCCUUGCAUCUCAGGCAGCAGUCGCCGAUCUAGGGAGGACGCCGGAAUGAAAAGAGGGAAGGUAUGGCGAGAAGGGAGCCGGAAUUGGCCUGGCCCCGAGUCCUGUCCUUUUGGCACUGAUGAUAUGGAUGGGCGGGAUGGGGUCAAGGUGCAGGACGACUUGCCCGCAUCGGCGAAUGGUCUCAGACUGAAGUGAUGAGACGACAUUCCUGCCAUGAAAGCUCCUCGCACCCACGUUGCUAAAGCUCGAGAGGUCGGUAGAACGAACGCAGAGAACGGGCGUGCCAGAUCCGUCCGCGUCUGCACGACGGUCAUCGAUCCCCUUAUACCCAAGAAUCAUCGGACACCAAGGCUGCCAACAAGGUGUAUCGUGAGCUCGAACAAGUUCUGGGGCAACGGCAAAUCCCCCAUGGCCACCAAUGGAAACUCUCCCUUCCGCCGUGACCAGGGACCCUUCCGCGCGCUUACUGGGGUCUCUUGUCGUGCCUGGUAGUGUCAGCGCCUCGGCUCUUUUCGAGCCCCCAACGACUCAGCUUGCCUCUCGAUGAAGAAGCGCUACAAUGCAAAAGGCAAG